AUGAAGUUGUCAAAGCGCCUCGGGACCUUCUGUGUCCUGAACCUAUCUCUCGUCCCAGCUGCACUAGCAGCCUCAAACUGCAAUCAAUUGUCCGACAAUGUUUAUACCGGAUCCAACGGUGUUAAAUUCGAAAUUUUCUGCGAUACUUCUACACUUAAUGGAAACAUCUUUGCCUAUUAUUCUGACGGAGAUGAAUUUCAAGAUUGUGUGGAAAGAUGCGAUGAUGUCCCAAUCUGUGCCGUUGCAUUGUAUUUGGCAGGCAGCGGUGACUGUGCUUUGAUCAACUCUUACCAAGGCACUAGGACAUUGACUGGUAACGAUAUUGCUAUCAGGUUACCACCGGGAAGUGAAACGACGACAUCUGCCGAGUUGACAUCAUCAGAGGCUUUGUCUACUGAGGGUUUGUCAACAGAAGAUCUGUCUACUGAGACUUCAUCCGUCGAGGCUACAUCAACCGUGGCUUCUUCAACAGAGACGUCAACGGUAGAAGGGAUUUCAUCGACCGACGUUCAAUCAACAGAAGGUUUAGCGACUACCACUUCAUCUAUUGAGACCGCGACAUCGGAGGCUUCUUCAACAGACGACUCGUCCACUGAGACGUUGACCACUGAGGCUACGUUAUCAGACGUUUCUUCGACAGAGACGUCAUCAACAGGAGAGGCUCUAUCGACAGAACUUUCAUCGGUAGAGACUUCUUCAGCAGAAGUUGCAUCUACAACUGCAUCUGCUGUAACAACAUCGGAAGCUUCUUCAGAGUCCUUGUCAACUUCUCAAGAUUCUACUCUGGCUACUAUUACCACUUCAGACUCGCAAUACACGAGUACUGCUAGUAUCGAGAUAUCAACUGAUGACUGCGACGACGAGACGUCAACUGUUGAGACCUCGGCCGCUGAGGUAACAUCCACAGAAGCGGGAUCCGAGAUACAGACCACGACCCUGUCCACCGAUAGCCUGAGUUCCCUUGCUACAACCCUUCAAACAUUAGAACAAUCUACUUCAGCCUCUGAGUAUUCUGGUUCUACAUCAUUAGCAUCUGCUCUGACGACUUCGGAGACGCAGGCGGAGACUCAGAAUUCUGUGUCGACAUCCCCGCCAAGCUCUGUUACUAGCGCUGAAGCUCUUGCUUCUACUUCAUCAGCAUCUUCCUUGACAGCUGUGGAUACUUAUAUUUCCGUAUCAACAUCUCUGUCAAGCUUCACUACUAGUGACGAUAUUUCUUCUCUGCCUUCGUCUUCGACAACUACUGUCACUGAGACUCAGACAACCUACACUCAAGAUGCUUCCGUGUCUGAUUCUUCUACUGAAACCACACAGCAUGGCUCCAAGACACUUUCAGCCUCUGGUGUUACUACCAUCAAGACAGAAGCUGCGAGCGGAGUGACAACACCUUACCCCACUUCCGACUGCACCUGGACUGUUUACCUGACCAUGGUUGAGUAUGUCACUUGCAGCACUGGUGUAGUUCCAGAGACAGCUAUCACUACCACAUAUGUCACGGCUGAUGGCCGCGGUGGAAGCUAUGGACCUCCCGUGGUUACAUUACCUUCUGGAUGUAUUGGAGGUUAUCAGGUCGAUGCUAGCGGUCACAGCUAUCCUGUGGCGCAACCUACGAAGGGAUCAUACAGCAACUCUCCCAACCAUGGGUAUGACCAGCCAUCUGUUCGACCUACACAGGCAUCGUCGGGUAACUCUCAUCCUGGCUAUAAGAAUGUCAAGCCUUACGUUCCCGCCCCUACUGCAGAGUCACACGGAGACUCUGAACCAGAGCACAGCAAUGGCCAGCCUCCUGCUCCUCAUUCCACACAGGGGUCACACGUCAACUCUCCCGACGACAAGUAUAGCCAGCCAUCUGUUCCUGUCCACGGCUCAGCAGAGUCCAAUGAGAACGAGCCUCAACCAACAGGAAAUGGGGCUUCCUCAACAGCUGUUUCCGCAUACGGACCCGGUGCCCCAGCGAACCCUCCAGUGUCAUCAGAUGUCCAUCACGGACAAGAAGACAUCUCAACGACCUUUGCAAUCAAGGCCACUGCCACCGAAACGAGACAAGCACCCAGCGCCGAUUCUUCAGCCCCUGGGGAGGCACCAUCUACACCAGUAAUUGCUUCAGGAGCAAGCAGACAUCAGGGCAUGGUUUGGACACUAAUUGCUGGAGCUCUCAUUGCACUGAGACUUUAA